CCUCUGGACCCCGGGACAGUGUGCCAGGACACACGACCUCUUCACUCACAUGUUGCAGAGUCUCUGCUCCUCAUCCCACCACUGACACCUUAGGGUAGCUUGGAGUCUGCGGACCACCCAAGGGCUCGGGAGACUGCACACUGGGAGGCCUGGGUGGGUGAAUGCUCUGAAGGAUGGCCGUGUUUUGGAAAACAAUGGCAGGUGGACUGCUGCUGGCUUUGAGCCUCACGCUGCUGUUGGGAGCCGAGGGGCAAGGGAACGGACGGGGUAAGAAAGAAGUAUCAGGCAGGGCUACCGUCUACCUCGGCCAGGACAGAGACAUCUGGAGCCCACUGGUCCACACAACAGUCAACCUCAGUGAGAUCAGCAGUAUUAAGUCAUCUUUUCAGUUGCGGACAUUUGACCCAGAAGGCGUCAUUUUCUAUGGAGACACCAAAAACGGGGAUGACUGGUUUGUUUUGUCCCUGAAAGAUGGCAUCCCUCUGAUGCAGAUGAGCAAAGAAGAUACUCUUGUUAGUGUGGCAGGCGGCCUUAAGCUCAAUGACGGAAAAUGGCACACACUUGAGGUGAGCAACCAAGAGAAGUUUGAUUUAGAGGUGGACGGCUCGAAUAGGCUGGUGCUGGGCAUGCAGUCCAAACAGACAGAGGAGGUCCUUUCAGGUGAACUCCGACUGGCCCUCGGCGGGGUCCUGAUGGACAAGGAAAAGCUAUUUGUUCAGUUCGAGCCACAGAUGGACGGCUGUGUGCGGGAAGGUAACUGGCUAAACCUCAGCCUCCCCUGGGAGACAGAGGCGGAGGAGCUGUGGCCCUGCUAUCAAAACGUGCAACCUGGCAGCUAUUUCCCUGGCACCGGAUUUGCCAUUUUCAACACCUCAGUUUUCCCAAUUGAGUCAGAUGAUGGGGUCAUGGCUGAACUGCUGGGAGAUUUCAGUAAGAUGGAUGGGACCAUUUUGAGCAUCAAGGCUCCUGGGCAAGACCUCAUGUUCGCUUUAGUGGCCAAUAAUAACAAAGAGGAGGUGACGCUCACCUUUGGUAAAGAUACAGUCAGCAUGAAAGACAAUUUCAAGCGACUGGUUAUAACCUUUAAGACAGAUUUACUGCAAGUGCUCCAAGAUGAAGAUGAAUCAAACACCACUACGUUAUCUAUGAGGCCUGAGAGCCACCCUGAUUAUCUGACCACAUGGAGAGAGGGUCGUCUUGCCGUUGGAGGUCUCCUAGGCGAGGGUGAGGACAAUGUAGGCUCCCAGUUCUUGACAGGCUGUCUGGAGAAGAUUCGGGUCCAAGGGAGGGAUUUGGACCUCGAUUUAGCUGUCAAACACAUGUCGAUCUCUUCUCACAGCUGCGCUGCAUAGACCAUGAAAGUAUGCAUGUACAAUAUGUGGACUAGAUGCUGGCAGGGGAUGCCCUCUGGGUUCACUACAAUGAUUGCAAAGUGCAGAAUUGUCUAUAAAAUGACAGAGGAACAGUAGCCAGAGCACAACAAUACCCUAAUAACCACUAAACCCUCUUAUUAGGCUACUAAUAGUCUGUAAUUGAAUGUGGUAUUUGUACCAAUUCUUCUAAAACAUUAAUAUGUUGUGCAAAAAAUAUCUAUCCCAUUAGCCCGAUUUUAACAGAAUAUUCUGAUUAAUGUGAGUGGUUUUGUGACUUUGGUGCAUCUAACAGUAUGUUUCUAAUAAAUUAUGAUUCUCCUUAAUGAUGGCUAUCUAUGAACGUGAAUUUUACUGCUGAUUUGAGGCAAAAUAAAGGCUAAUAGUGCUUUAAGGAGAUUAAACUAAACUAAACUAUUGGAUUUGAUUAAAAACACUAAAGUUUUAUGGCUGAUUAGCAGAGAAAAAGGGGGUUAAGAAGUCAUUUUUACCUCAAACCCAAUGCUCGUUACUUAUUGAGAAAAAUUUAGCUAGUAUUCAAUAUUUGUAACAACAACAAAUUAAUUUAUUAGCUCUAAUUUAACUUUUGUCUUUUCAUGAACAGACUGUUGAGUAGGAGCAGUUGUUUUUAAAACACCACAUUUAUGUUUAGAAAUAAAUUCUUAUAAACUGA